CGGCACCACAGUAACGGCCUUCGGUCCCUCGCUUCACUCUUUCAAACUCCGCCAUUUCCUACUUAUUGAACGUUCACAAACGUAAACGUUUAGAAGCUCCUGUGCGACGAUGGUUGAAGAGCCUUAUACACAAGGAGGUCGCCUCCAACUACAGGUAUCUCUUUUAGACGACGAGAAAUCCUCGUUCAUGUGCGCUGCUCUCAUCCGCAAAGCAUUUACCCCUGUCACUAAAUGCGUGGUCUUACUCGUCGAAAUCGAGGAUGUCCUUGUCAGAGCCGGCCUCCCCAAUCAAAAUAUACGACCCUCGUUUCAACUGCGAGCGCGCAUCCCCACUUCCGAGACUAUCUCCCAUCUUUUGGUCUGCCGCCAAUGAAAAGGCUGCAGCUGACCGUCGUACACUCACACCAGGCGACGAUUCAGACCAUAGAUUCUUUCCAUGGAGAGUUCUUUGACGGCUCAUCGUGGGAAGAAGCCUACUACCGCGAGUAUGAGAGGUCAUUUGCACGUGAAGUUGAAGCCUACAGAUGUCUUGAACACCUUCAGGGCUCUACCAUCCCCCGGCUCUAUGGUUUAGGUCAGGUCCUUUC